GCCACGUGGUGGGGCUGGGAAGCCGCGGCCGCCGAGCGCCUGGGCGGCUGCCCCUGCUGGGCAGUGCUGCUCUGCGCUGCGCCGCGCUCGGUGCCUGCGCUCCCCGCUCCGCACUCCCCGCCAGCCGCCCCGGGGCGGGAGGCGCGCCUGGCGGCCGACCGGCCGGCCAGACAAAGGAGGCGCGGCAGAGCCGGCGCGCGAGCGGACGGACCAUGGACUCCGAGCGCGAGCGGCCGGCCGCAGCCCUGAGGACCCGGCGCUCCCGGGCCCGGCCCUAGGCGCCCGGCCCCGCCGCCCGGGGCGCCCAGCUGGGAGAACGCGGAGCCCGCGCGGCGCGGAGGAGGCGGCGGCCGCCGAGCUAGAGGGGCGCCGCGGCGAACGGCGCGCGCGGCCCCCGGAGCCAUGGGCAAGUGCAGCGGGCGCUGCACGCUGGUCGCCUUCUGCUGCCUGCAGCUGGUGGCUGCGUUGGAGCGGCAGAUCUUUGACUUCCUGGGCUACCAGUGGGCUCCUAUCCUAGCCAACUUCCUGCACAUCAUGGCAGUUAUCCUGGGCAUCUUUGGUACCGUGCAGUACCGCUCCCGGUACCUCAUUCUGUAUGCAGCCUGGCUGGUGCUUUGGGUUGGCUGGAAUGCGUUUAUCAUCUGCUUCUACUUGGAGGUUGGACAGCUGUCCCAGGACCGGGACUUCAUCAUGACCUUCAACACAUCCCUGCACCGCUCCUGGUGGAUGGAGAACGGGCCAGGCUGCCUGGUGACACCUGUCCUGAACUCCCGCCUGGCCCUGGAGGACCACCACGUCAUCUCGGUCACCGGCUGCCUGCUUGACUAUCCCUACAUUGAAGCACUCAGCAGUGCCCUGCAGAUCUUCCUGGCUUUGAUUUCAUCGGCGGUUUUGACUCCUAUGGAUACCAGGCGCCCCAGAAGACGUCACAUUUACAACUGCAGCCUCUGUACACGGCGGGGUAGUAGCUUCUGCCCCACGACCACCCCCGCGGCUAGACUGACCGCCGCAGCCGCGAGCUCCGGCCAAGAUGGCAGGCGUGCCCCCUGGCGGCUCGCUGACCGGACUGCAGCCUGGGUCGGCUUGAUAUGGGUCCGAAGCGGACUUGGACUUGGCGCUUAGCAGCCUGGACUUAAGG